GAAAACCUCACCAGGGAGGCGUCCUAACCAGAUGCCCGAGCCACCUCAACUGGCUUCUCUUGAUGUGGAGGAGCAGCGGAUCUAUGUCGAGUCCCUCCUGGAUGACUGAGCUUCUCAACCUAUCUCUAAGGGAGAGCCCAGACACUCUGUGGAGAAAACUAAUUUCGGCCGCUUGUAUCUGCGAUCUCGUUCUUUCGGUCACUACCCAAAGCUCGUGACCAUAGGUGAGGGUAGGAACGUGGAUCGACCGGUAAAUCGAGAGCUUUGCCUUCUGACUCAGCUCUCUUCACAACGACAGACCGGUACAACGCCCGCAUCACUGCAGAUGCAGCACCAAUCCGCCUAUCGAUCUCACGCUCCAGCUUUCCCUCACUCGUGAGCAAGACCCCGAUAUACUUAAACUCCUCCACUUGUGGCAGGACCUCGUCCCUGACCUGGAGAGGGCAUUCUACCCUUUUCCGACUCAAACUGAGCCUUUUCUCACAAAAACAAAAGUGACACAUUUUGAACUAAUACAUAGCAGUUAAACCCAAAGCGAUAGCAUAUAGCACAGUCUGUAGUAACAACAGUAACGAUACCCUGAGUAUUUCCCAUAACUCUCCUCAAAGACACGACCAUUUAAGGAGAAAAGACCAUUCUGUAAUUUAUAAACUUUAAAAAUAUUUAAUGACAAAUGGUUCCUGAUCUGGUUAAUUUUGCAGAAUGCCUGGAAUGAAGGUGAAAAAGUAUUGUUCCAAACAACUAUGGCCUUUGUUAUGAGGCAGCACCUAAAACAAGAGUUCAGCUUGUCAAACAUCCUUGUGUGUAAUGAGACCGCCCCUGUGUCUCUUUGGUUUGUGGUAACGUCACCGCUUGACCCAACGCUUCUUGUUGACAAAGAGGAUGUGGCGGCAGCAGUGAGAAAAUUCAGACAUCGUAUCAACUGCGUCUUUCUGCUCACUGACCUUACUCUGGAGUUUGUGGACCUCUAUCCCACCCUGGCAGAACCUGCAAAGCUCCGACUGAGUGUGUACCUCGUCGUGUUCCUGGUGAUGAUGAGUGUGAUUGGUGCUGUCAUGGUUGUUCUGUUUGUGUCCACUGUGAGGGAGUUAAAAUGCAAGAAGAAGCAGGAAGCAGACAAGGGUGAAGAACAGCAGAGGGUGAAAAAAGUAGAAAACGGGUCCACCAGUGAGGACGUUCAUGACACAAUGUUCUAAUAUAAUGAUGGAUCAAACAAAUGUAAAAAAAUAAAUAAAUAAAACAAUCUAUGGAGUCUUGCAUGUAAUUAGGAUUAUAAAUAUGUUAAUUAAGGAUCUCAGUAGAACUUGUUUCAUUGCAUUGAUUAUGCAAAAUAAAGGUCUUUUUAUACUUAUAA